UGCACCUGAAAGGUCUCACAGUGCCGCUGUUUUUGAUUUGUAGGUCACGCCUUACUUCGUGAAGAUGAACGUUAGGAAUGCCAGGCCAACCGAUUUGCUAAACAUGAGAGAUUGCAAUCUAGAUUGCUUGCCGGAAAACUAUCAAAUGAAGUACUACUUUUAUCAUGGUUUAUCUUGGCCACAGUUAUCAUAUGUAGCAGAAACAGAUAGUGGGGAGAUUGUGGGCUAUGUCUUGGCAAAAAUGGAAGAAGAUCCUGAAGACGUCCCUUAUGGACAUAUUACUUCUUUGGCAGUCAAACGACCAUAUCGGCGAUUAGGGAUUGCUGAAACGCUGAUGAAUCUGGCAUCAAGAGCUAUGGUAGAAAAUUUCCACGCUAGAUAUGUCUCUCUUCACGUUCGGAAAAGUAAUAGGGCUGCACUUAGUCUCUACAAAAAAACUCUACACUUUGUAGUAUCAGAUAUAGAACCUAAAUAUUACGCUGAUGGUGAGGAUGCCUACGCUAUGAAGAGGGACCUCAAAACAUUAUGGGAUAAGUAUGGGCCUUCAGAUGUUCCUUUCAAAGAAUCAAAAAGCAAAAAUACUCAAUAAAUAUAUACCAAUACUUUCUUCUAAUUGCUAGUUCUUAUCAUCUUUUGGCUUAUAUGGUUUCAUUCAAGCGACUGGUCACUAGUCGACAAAACUUCUGUUCAUAAAAAUAUAUAAAAAUACAUGAUUUUUUCAAAAACCUCAAGCAUGGAAAUUUGAUGACUGAUUGUUGAGUCAUAGAUUAUCGUAAUUGUAAGAUCAUAAAUGUAUUGCAUGGCUUUAAUAGUUUAAGUUUAUAUAGUAUAUCACCAACUUGGAUAACUCUCUACUUGUCCGAGCUAUCUUAAAUUUUUCUAGCAUAAUAAACUAACACAGUAUCUCUAACGGCGAGACUAUAAUUUAUUGGCAAACCGGUCAGAUUUAGGAUGACGGAUUUUGACGCGAG